AUGGCCAACAAAGCACAGCAGCCUCCUCACCUGCAUCUGGCUGAGCUCACCGCGUCUCAGUUCCUGGACAUCUGGAAACACUUCGACGCUGACGGUAAUGGCUACAUCGAGGGGAAGGAGCUGGAGAACUUCUUCAGGGAGCUGGAGGUGGCCCGGAGAGGGGCGGGGGUGGACCCUUCAAACCCCACAUUCAGAGAAAAGAUGAAGGAGUUCAUGCAGAAGUUUGAUAAGAACAAAGAUGGAAGGAUUGAGAUGUCAGAGCUGGCCCAGAUUCUCCCCACUGAAGAGAACUUCUUGCUGUGCUUCAGAGAGUUUGUCAGCUCCAGUGCCGAAUUCAUGGUGGCGUGGCGGCGAUAUGACACAGAUCGCAGUGGCUACAUCGAAGCAAAUGAAUUGAAGGGCUUCCUGUCAGACCUGCUGCAGAAGGCCAACAGACACUACGAUGACCAGAAGCUGCAGGAGUACACACAGACCAUACUCCGGAUGUUUGAUCUGAAUGGAGAUGGGAAGCUGGGCCUGUCAGAGAUGGCCAGGCUUCUUCCUGUUCAGGAGAAUUUCUUACUCAAAUUCCAGGGUGUCAAGUUGACCACUGAGCAGUUCAAUGCCAUAUUCACAUUCUAUGAUAAGGAUGGGAACGGCUACAUCGACGAGCAGGAGUUAGAUGCUCUGCUACGAGACCUUUACCAGAAACACAAGAAGGAGGUGGACCUGAAGAACCUGUCGGGCUACAAGCAGAGCAUCAUGAACCUGUCUGAUGGAGGGAAGCUGUACCGUGGCGAGCUGGAGAUCGUCCUCUGCAGGGAGCCCAUCCCCUGA